UGCAACACUUUCCGCUUCGAAGUAAACACAAGUUUGACAUUGGCCACAUUUAUUUGCCUUUAACAUGGCUUCAAUGCCUUUAAAUACAUUAAAGCAUUUAGUGAAAUCAAUGUUGGAUACUCCGGGCUUUGACAGAGUACUGAGCAAGGUGAACAUUUUGUCUGCCAGCCCAGGUAAGGUUGUGUGUGAAAUGCGGGUAGAAGAGGAACACACUAACCGGGGAGGGACGCUGCACGGCGGGUUAACGGCCACCCUGGUCGACGUCAUCUCCACCGUGGCGAUCAUGAACACCGAGAGGGGAGCUCCGGGAGUCAGCGUGGAUAUGAACAUUACAUACAUGAGCGCUGCCAAGAUGGGAGAGGACAUACUGAUUACUGCUCAGGUUCUGAAGCAAGGACGGACGUUGGCGUUUGCCUCUGUAGACCUCACCAACAAGGUCACUGGAAAGAUCAUAGCACAAGGAAGACAUACAAAACACCUUGGAAGCAGCUAAACUGUCUCUUCCUCUGUGCCUGUUUGUAAGUCAUACCAUGAAUGUGUACAGUCAUAACAAAGGACUCACCUCUGCUUCUAAAUAUUAGAAUCACUCCUGAUUACGAACAAAGUUGCAGUCAUCAGUGCUAAAAUUUUUCUCUUGGUUUGUUAAUUUUGUCACUGUUACAUAUUUGUUAAGUUAAAGACACUAAUAGCAGUUUUGAUCAAAUCUUUGUAUAACAUCAACUGUUUCAUGCACAUGCAAUAAAAAAUGGACAAGA